UCGGUAGGCACAGGAGCAGAUGUACAGGGUGUGUCUGACUCACGCUCAAGCUUGCAUAAGCAAGAUUUCAAAAUUAAUCCUACUCUGGAGACCUUAACCUAGUGUACAACGAUCCUGGCUGGAAAAGAAGAACUAUAGCAUUUGUUUUUGGUUUUGUUUUUUUUUUUUUUCAAAUCUUUACCAUUACUUGCCCUUGUAUCUCCGCCUUCUCUUUCUGCAGGAAACUUUAUUUCCUACUUCUGCACACCAAGUUUCUACCUUCAGAUCUGUUUGUUCAGCUGCUGAGAAGCCUGACACACCAGUGCCACUUGGAAGAAGCCAUCCAUUGGACAGAGAAAAAUGGAUGGCAACAACACAUUUCCCCAGUUCGGCCACAACAUGCUGUCCACAUCUCAUUCUCUGCUUACAACGAAUAUCAAGGGGAAGGAUGAAGACCCCACCACUAGUUAUGAUUAUGAUUUCAGUGAGCCCUGCAGAAAAACAGAUGUGAAACAAAUUGCAGCUGGUCUCUUGCCCCCGCUCUACUCGCUGGUGUUCAUCUUUGGUUUUGUGGGCAACAUGCUGGUUGUCCUCAUCCUGAUAAACUGCAAAAAGUUGAAGAGCAUGACUGACAUCUACCUGCUCAAUCUGGCCAUCUCUGAUCUGCUUUUUCUUGUUACUUUACCAGUGUGGGCUCAUUACGUUACGAAUGGGUGGGUCUUGGGGGAUGAGAUGUGUAAGUUAUUCACAGGGCUGUAUCACAUUGGCUAUUUUGGCGGAAACUUCUUCAUCAUCCUCUUGACAAUCGAUAGGUACCUGGCUAUUGUCCAUGCUGUGUUUGCUUUAAAAGCCAGAACUGUCACCUUUGGGGUGAUGACAAGUGGGGUCACUUGGGUGGUGGCUGUGUUUGCCUCUCUCCUGGGAAUCAUCUUUACCAAAUCCCAAAAAGAAGACUUCUCGGAAUCUGAGAAAGAGUCUGUUUACUCCUGCGGCCCUUAUUUUCCAACAGGAUGGAAGGAUUUCCAUACAAUAAUGAGGAGCAUCUUGGGCCUGGGCCUGCCACUGCUGGUCAUGAUCAUCUGCUACUCAGGAAUCCUGAAAACCCUGCUUCGGUGUCGCAAUGAAAAGAAGAAGCACAAGGCCGUGAGGCUCAUUUUCGUGAUCAUGAUAGUGUACUUUCUCUUCUGGGCUCCCUACAACAUCGUCCUUCUCCUGAGCUCCUUCCAGGAAAUCUUUGGCUUGAGUAACUGUGAGACCACCAGUCGGCUGGACCAAGCCAUGCAGGUGACGGAGACGCUUGGGAUGACGCACUGCUGCAUCAACCCCAUCAUCUACGCCUUCGUCGGUGAGAAGUUCAGAAGGUAUCUCUCCAUGUUCUUCCGAAAGCACAUUGCCAAACAUCUCUGCAAACAAUGCCCAGUUUUCUAUGGGGAGACAGCAGACCGAGUGAGUUCAACAUACACUCCUUCCACUGGGGAGCAGGAAGUCUCAGCUGGUUUGUAAGUGAGCAGCAGUUUGCUUAUUUUCAAAGGGAGAUAACAAUCUAUAUUUGAUAGUACACCUCGGGGUUUGCUGA